UUCAUAGCGGUUGCCAAGCUUCGUCAACGGCACACAACUUUUUAGUCGCGACUAUUCCCUAGUUACGUUAGCAUUUGGCUUUUGACCUCUCGUCUGCCUGGAUCGUGUGAUGUCGAAUAUUGUGCUGUAUGGAAUGGAUAUAAGUCCGCCGGUGCGGGCCUGUCUGCUGACCCUGCGAGCCUUGGGCUUGGCCUUCGAGUAUAGGGAAGUGAAUCUCCUCGCAGGGGAGCAUAUGACCAUGGAGUUUCAGCAAAGGAAUCCCCAGCACACAGUUCCGCUUCUCGAUGACGGCGGUGCACUCAUUUGGGACUCGCACGCUAUCGUUUGCUACUUGGUCGACAAGUACGGAGAGUCGGACGAGCUCUAUCCCAAGGACCUCCUGAAGCGUGCCCAUGUCAAUCAGCGUUUGUACUUCGAUGCAAGCAUCUUGUACAUGGCCCUGCGCAGCAUUAGUGUUCCCUACUUCAUCCACGGUGUGAGCUUGGUGCCAAAAGAGAAGGUAGACAACGUCCGCGAAGCCUAUGGGCACCUGGAGUCGUUUCUGAGCGACAGUCCAUACGUCACUGGAGAUGUGCUAACCGUGGCGGACCUCUGCUGUGCGGCUACGGCCACCUCACUGGCCGCAGUUCUCGACCACGACCCCAUAAAUUAUCCCAAGAUUACAGCAUGGCUGGAACGCGUCUCGAAGCUGCCCAACUAUAUGGAGGAUAACUUACGAGGCUUGAACAAGUACAUUGGCCUGCUAAAGGGAUCUUUGACCAUCCUGUAAUACAUAGCUGUUUAACAAAUUAAAU